GUCACGGUGCUGCCGAUUAUCUGUUUUCCGAACGCUACCUGUCUCAUUUUCUGAGGACUACAUACGUUGAUUCGCAUCCCAAUUCCAAACUGCUGAAAGGCCACUGACUGAUUGAUUCUUCAUUUCCCAUUCAUCCCCAUCAGACGUUCCAAAGAAGAGUGCCAUCGCCUACAAUACUGGCGUCUCUGCUUCUUACAAUGAGACACUCUCGCUGUAUCUGGGCGUCUCAGGCUCCGACCUCGGAGGCUGCACCCAGCCUUGGGCCCGGGUUUUUGGCGAAUGGCGUUCGUGGUCUUCGAGCACGAAGUUGCAGGGUCGCGCCAUUCGACGAGGAGGAGGCGCAGAGUUGCUGGUGCCACGAGGAGCUCAGUACAUCUCGGAGGAAGAAGUCUUCGGUAUGUUUUAAUCUGGUUGUGCUUUGGAUUAAAUGUCACAAAUCACUAUCUUUCGCCAUCUUAGCGUUGGAGAGCUCUAUAGUCUUUUUGUGCAGACAUCUGUCACGAACAACAUAGAUCGGCUGACAUGGUUCGUUUCUUUUUGCCUCGUGCCCACAUCCGUCUUCUUGGGAAGAACAAACAACCUUUUUCCGGAUCCCUCAUCCCUUAUUUAGAAGACACGUGCAGACGGCCUGUACCUCAUAUAUGCACUCCUUUCAUCUUCAGGUGGUUUGCACUUCUGCCGGUAAUCCCUACCGCAGACAUCUUUCCAUCCUGAUUAAUGCUCUGCCUUUCCACAGGCGCAGCUUGCGACGUUUGCCUUGACCCCUUUGGUGGCGAGCUCAAGGCCCCCUCAGUAAUCGAAUGCGGUCACGUUUUUUGCGUCGACUGCCUCGAGCACAUUACCCGCGCUUGUUGUCCCCUUUGUCGUACGCCUUACGAUCCCCGCCGUUCGAUAAAGAUUCACAUAGAUAUUGACCCCUCAACACAGCGAGUCAAUGAAUCCCGACCUUUCUUUGAUCGAAUCGCAAAGGCUGCAAAUGAGGGUUCCGAUGAGGUCACAGUAAAGAACCUCAUAGAUGAUUGUUUAGCAUUUCUCAAGGAGAAACCCCGUACACAGGAGUUCGAGGAUCUUAGGGUCACAGUCCGGAUGAUCAACUACCUUCAUACGACGAAGACGAACCUCAGGCAACAGAAGCGUAAAGCUCGAGAAGAUGCCUCGAGAAUGCAGGAAGAAAUUGCGAGGAUGCAGGGGGAGUUCCAGCACCAACAAGAAGCCAUGUUAGCUGAGAUUGAAACGCUCAAGGGCGUCGAACUCGGUCUCUUGAGAGAAGUAGCCGCUGUUAGGGCCGAUUACAUCAGUGUUCGAAAAGUCAACGAUUCUUUGCAGGAACAGUUGAAGCUCCAUACGGCGGCCCGAAACGACGUUUCCAAGCCAGUCGGUCUUUCUGGCGUCGCUUCGAACGAUUCACCUGCUACCGAGGAUAUUAAGCUCAAAGGAUUCGGCCUCAUGGACGACGGAUAUUUUCUAUCUCCAUUGCCCGAUUUUGAGCCAGGAAAACUUUUCUUAUCUCCAAAUAUGGAAUCUGAACCUUUGUCGUCGGAAGGUAACCUGGCCAUCGUCCCGUUAUCAGAGCCUCCCAUGCUCGCUGCUAAACGUCCACCUCUACCUACCCCACCGUCCUCUACGCGCAGUCCAAGUUUGCUUUCGAUGACAGCCCCUGAGAAUACGCGACCCGCCUACCACCAAGUCCCAAUUCCGCCGACGUCAAAUUCUUCUCCUUCUCCGAUUCGCCAUGCUUCAGAUCCUAUCACAGCACCAGCUCCUUCACAGCCUGGCGACAUGUCAGCACUCGAUGUCCAAGAGCAAGUCCUCUAUCGCCCUACUGGAACCGAUCACUUACGUUCGCGUUUCAUUGCAAUCAUGCACGACUGCUCGCCGACUAUUUCUUCAUCCAUGCCUAACUUGACCGACGAACACUUCCUCAAAAGCCCGCCAACACUCAAGGAGAAACCCAUCCUACCUCAUUCCUCUGUGACACCUCCCACUUCUAAACCCUCCACUUCUCGCUCACUUGAUUCCUCAUCCUUCGGGCAAUCAUCUUCCCCUCACCUUAUUCCUCUCCCGCCAGUGAAGCCUAUAGCUACCGUCACCCCUAGUAGCUCUUACUCCCAAGCAAGUCUUGCUGCUGCUGCAAUGGAAGAUGCCAGAAGGCAAAAGAAAGUUAAAGAAGGCGAACGUCGGAGGAAAGAUAGCGAGAUUUCAAGGGAGGGUCAGGAUACUUGUAAAGCUCACGCCGGAUCGCCUCCUCAACGAGAAAAGGCUUUGGAAUCCAAACCUGGUAACGACAAUAACGACGUGGACCGCUACAUUGAAAACUCCCACCGUCCUUCUCGCAAGCAGUCUUUGUCAGGUCCCCAGUCCUUUGGACCGUCUCUAUUCCCCAGCCAUCAACAAUCGUCGUCAGCCUCCACCCCUUCUCCAUUCGGUUCGCAUGGUCAACAGGACCCUCCUCACAGCAAGACAUAUGAGGGAUGGUCUAGUAGCACAAGACCCACAUCCUCAUCGAAGUUGAACCCUUCAACUUCACAACAUUUGAAGAGUUCGGCUACUAUCGGCUCCACUGCUCCUCGAGAACCCCCCACCACUUACAAACCAUCUCCCUAUACACCGUCUUCAUUGGGGACUAGCAAGGGUAAAAUGGCAGCUAGUGCGAUGCUAUCCAACCAGACGAGCCUAAGCGUCGCGUAAGUCAUUUUACCCAUUGCAGCACAUCGACAGACCACUCCUUAAUUAGGAGCAUGAACAUAGAAGUUAAGACAUUUCUUUUUACGCUUUGUUCCCAUGCGUGGGCGUGCACAUUCCUACACAUAAAUCUAUUCCGUCCAUCCCAUUUCAUCCAUUUCCAUUCUUUAACCCUGUACUAUGUGUUGUCCUGUCGCUCAAUUUUGUAUAUUAUUACCGCAUGGUUUCUGGAUCCUUGUACUUGUAUAACUGCAUAACUAUUUACACUCGAAAUCUAAUGUCCUUUGGUGACGGGAACUCAAAAAUUCCUCAUUCUUC